CCAUCUAACCCUCUCUUACGCAAAAGAAAAGAGAAAGAAAAAGAAGAUCAAGAGUCAUCACAUAGCACAGAGAAAAGAUACAAAGAGAAGAGAGAAGGAAGGUUUGUGCGCAUAUAUGGCAGAUGAAUAUCAAAGUUCAGGAGGAAUUUGUAGUGGAAAUUGGUGGAAUAAUAUGAAGAUUGGAUUAUCAUCAUCAUCAUCACCAGCAUGUUCAACUACUCUUACUGAUAUUGGAAGCUACAACAAUUGGCCUAUUAGUACUAUUACUGAUGAUCAAACAGUUGAUAUGAAAUAUCCUAAACUUAAUCAUCAAGCUGCAUCACCAUCUGAUACUUCCGUUAUUGCUGGUACCAAUGAUGUUUUACUUGAUAAUAAUUCUAAUUCACAGAUGAUGGGUUUUGAUCUUUCAUCACCCUUAACAACUUCUGAUUGGUCCCAACCCUUACUCAGUAGUAGAAGUAGCGAAGAUCAUCAGCAAAAGGAGUGGAGUCCCAAAAAUUGCUCUGGUAGUAGUGGUGGUGAAGAUUCAUCAUCAAUUCAUUCUUCAUUUAAGCAACAACAAAUAAAUCAGGGUUUCAGUUUAGACCCACAGUACUGUUACAGUUCUAACAAAAUUGACAACAGCGACAGCUGCACAGGAGGUCUACCCAUGAGUUUUUCCAUGAAUUCAGCAUCAUAUGAAUGUAGCCCAUCAACAUCUACGUUAUUACACAGUUUAUAUGAGCCUGAGAAUCAUACGGAACAACUUCAACGAUCAUCUUACGAUGAGGAUAAUCGGAUGAGUUAUCCCAGUUCUACGACGUACACUAAUUACCAACUGAAUCCAAAUGAGUUAUCUCCUUCUCAUCCAAAUUGGUCAUCAAAAUUCCCUCAGUUUCUUAAAACUGCAGUUUCAUCCAGACAACAACCUAGUAAUACUAACAUUAACAAUCAUUUGCAAUUCUCCAAUAACUCUCAGUUUUGGAACGCUUCUCCUACUAGCAUAUUAACUGGUGAUAACCCUUCUCGUCUUCUCCCUUCGCCACAAACUCAAUUUUUAACUCCCACUCUCAAUGAUCAUCAGAAACCUAAUUGCAACAAUAGCCUAGGCUUCAAGCCAAGCAUAGAAGAAGUUCAAGAUUCAAGCUCGAUAGUGAAAAAAAGUAAGAGUAGCGAACCCACUUACAAAAGGCCUCGAAUGGAAACACCAUCACAAUUACCAACGUUUAAGGUUCGAAAAGAGAAGUUGGGAGACCGAAUUACCGCACUACAGCAAUUGUGUUCUCCUUUUGGGAAGACUGAUACCGCAUCAGUGCUUUAUGAAGCCAUCGAGUACAUCAAGUUCCUCCAUGAUCAAGUUACAGUUCUUAGUAAUCCGUAUAUGAAACAUGGAUCAGCUCCCAUGCAGUACCAACAGAAUAUGGACAAUUCCAAGGAUGGAGAGAGAACAAGACAAGAUCUAAGAAGCCGAGGUUUAUGUUUGGUUCCAAUGUCGAGCACCUUCUCAGUUACUAACGAGACUAGUACAGAUUUUUGGACACCAACUUUCGGAGGAACUUACAGGUAGUUGAGUUAGGGAAAGGAAAUAAGAAUCCAUUGGGGCUUCGAAAGGAAUCGACGUCGACAGCAGAAGGAAUCAAUAUCUGCCAACGGAACCAUAAUAGGAUUAAAAUCAUCACCUUCUAAUCAAGUAAAGGGAAAUGAUCUAGAAUCAUAACUCUUUAAAAAAUGUACAACAGUCACCUUGAAGCAAAAAUGAUUUUAGCUAGUCUAGCUAGGUAUAGUUAGGAUUAUCAUUGGAGGGAAUGCUUGUGGUGUAAUAAUAAUAAUAAUAUAUCAAAAGUAUAUAGUAUGUGCAAAGAUGAGUUCAAUUAGUGAUGGAAAAUUAAGCCAAUAAGAUUAUCAGUACAGUAUUUGGAAAAGAUUAUUUGUUGUUUUAGUGUCUUGAUUUUUACAUAAAAUGAAUUAAUAAAACUAUCUUUUAUAUA